GUUCAGACGAUGUGGAAUGUCGCUCGUUCGUACAUCAUACCAUACUCUCCCAACAAUUAACACGAGUUAGGCGAUCAAUUAUGCGGGAAUUGAAGCUGUGAAAACGAAUUCACGAGCCUAACAGGCACACCUCCACAAGUAGCGAAGCAGUCACGACCUCGAUCACCCUAAAGCGACAUACCCUUCGCCUACCGAUCCGUCAUGCAGUCGUCUUCAUCCGCCUCGAUCGCCUCUCAACCUGGCUCAAGUCACCUCUUGCCUUCUCUCUUCGAAGCACCUCCGGACGAUUUCGUCAUCGCUCUACACGACUAUACGGCCCCGCCGUCGAGCAGGACGCACAUCUACCUUUCGUUCCAGGUUGGAUGCAGGAUCAGGGUGUGGAACCGGGACGAGAGCGGGUGGUGGGACGGCGAGGUCGUCAACGAUCCGGAAGGAAGGGAGGUCGAUGCGACGUAUGGGGAACAGUUUGGCAAAACGGGGGAUGGGCGAGGAUGGUUUCCGAGUAAUUUCGUCGAAGAGGAAGGACCGGAUCCGAGGCGUCCACGACUCGAUCCUCGACGGGCAUCCGAGAUGAGCAUGUUGUCGUAUCGCUCAGGGACCUCGACAUCAAGCUCAUCCAUUGAUGAGAGUCGACGGAACAGCGGUCAACCGUCCACUCCAACCUCGGCUCCGACGUCAAAACGAACAGGGGGAAAUCACAUGUCACAUUGGCGUGAAGCACCUCGUCCGAACCAGCAUACCGUCACGCAUUCAGAACCCAUUGCCAACCCACACCAUCGACAUCAUCAUUCUCAAGGCUUUUCCUCACAGCAGUACCCGCAACAGCACCAGCAUCAGCAUCACCACUCGUCCUCAUCGUAUACAGGCAAAAAGAACUUUGCCGCCAUCGAUUGGAAGAUCGAGACCGAGAUCACGGUGACCCUCGAACCGAUCCACCAAGCUAUGGGCUUGAUCCGCUCGGCUGUGGGGUCGAGGAAGAUCUCGCACUUGCAGCCCUCGACCGCCUGUGCCAUCUCAGCCAUUCGGUCAUUACUCCUCGCGACCGACUGUCUGUCGAGAGAAUCAGAGCUUCUGACCCGGUUUCCUGCACUGGCAAAGAUCAGAAAAACGAUCCUCGCCAACCUGGCCGAGCUAGUCGCGCUGGCCCGAAGCGCUAGCCAGCCUUACACCCCGCAACUCGGGGAACCGCAGGGUGACGGGCUGGAAGAGUUCAAAGAGGCCGAGCUGGAGGGUAUGUUAAAGUCGAGCGAAGAGACCUUGGAGAAUGUCAGGGUAUUCUUGAAAGCGCUUGUCAAGUGUGGCAUCGAUCUACCAGAGAGAAAGGAUGCGUCGGAAGGAUUGCGGGGAGAGUCGGGCGGAGGGUUAAUCCCCGCAGGAGGAACGUUGCAGCAACAGCAACAGCAGCAUGCGAGAGGAAACUCGUCGCCGGGAGACACGGUCGGCAACGGCAGAUCGAGGCAGAGCUCGGUGAAUUCUUUGGGGAUGACACGAUCUGACCAGGAGCGGCGGAUGGCUCUGCAAGCUAAGAGCAUGGGCAACCUCAAGAUAAACACACGGGGUCUUCGACCGGGUUCGACGGAUCAAGGUCGUGACCCUCGAUUUCACCAGCAACAGAGCAGUUCGCCGGUCUCGGCCCGUUUCGACGUUGCCGUCGAAGAAGUCAGCGCCGGGUCUGGUUCAGAUUUCAAGAGGGGUCGGAGUCGAUUGGGUCCAGAUGCGGGAUCGAUCAGCUCGGUCUCAUCCGUGGGAUCGUCAAACGACUAUCAUCCGACCGUACACCGGCGAGCUGUCUCGAACGAAGUCAGACAGCCGGCACUCGAGACGGUGGACAUCGUCGUAGGAAUUGGGAUGACAUUCGACUCGUUGCUGUCUGUCGCUGCGGCUUUGAUCGGUCAUGUGCAAUGCCACACUGCCGCUUCUCAUCCUUCUUCGGUUGCCCUCUUGGUGGAUCUUUCGCGAGAAACCAUAGAUAAGAUCCGGGAUUUGUUGGCGAUCGUCGAACUGGUCAUCGGUCACAAGCCAACCGCUAGGAACCAUGGGAGGGAGAUCGUUGCGCUGGUCCAGGCAAAGGACCAGAUGUACCAGACGACGUCUGCACUGGUCGAGGCGGCAGACAGGGUGGCAAGCACGCCGCAUACAGACAUCCCUUCAGAGGAGGACGACGUGAAUAAGGAGAGAUUAUUGAGUGCCGCAUCGAUCAUAAUGCGACCGGCGAGGGAGUGUGUCCGCUUGGUCAAGAUAUGCGGGAACAGAAGAGAAGCGAUGGAGACCCUCGGACUGGGCAUCCGGAUCGAUACCAACGGCACAGAUCAGGGUCGGUUCGAAGUCAACGGCAAGGCUGAGGACGAGCGCGAUGACGAGGGAAGCCGGCGGGACUCGAGCAAGAGAUCGUCCCAUGCCAGCUCGAUGUCCUCGGCAUCGCGCCAAAGUCGGGAAGAGUCUUCCGGUUCCGAGAGCGGAGCGGGUCAUAGCAGCCUGCUGGAAGCGUACGUACAAGACUAUUCGGGACCAAGGUCGGCACCCCUGGAUAGGGCAUACCGAGUUCCUUUGGAUGACGAGCAGGAGAUCAUGAUGACACCCGCGGAGCAAGCCGCACGGAAUCGUCCUCAUCGGCCAUCUCUUGCAUCGGUACAUUCUUCGCCUCUACUGCAGACUUCUGCAGACUUUGGCAGUGGCAACCCGUUGGCAACGCCUUCUGGACCCCGUCGAAGGGGUAGAGCAUCGAGCUUCACGUCGCCCGGCCAUACACCACGUUUGAGCCAAGAGCGGUCGCCUCGGCCACCGUCGAGAUCGGUGGAUUUGGGUGGAGGCACGCCGAGCGAUCUUUCAUUCUUGAGCACGCCUAGGGCGGGCGAAGAGACCUUUACUCGAAGACCGAGUAUUCCGGAGAGUGUGGGGUCCGAACAUGGAAGCGUGCAAGCGACACCUCGACCUCCACGUUGGUGGUCAGGAGAAGGCCAGCAACCGCCACCUACCCCUUCAUUCCCAACGCAGGAGCACCAACUGGUUCCUCGGGACGUCCGCUUUGAGGAUGCACCUACCCCUCAGAAGAACAAGCCGGCGCCAAAGGAAGUCACGGCAGCCGACAUGCGCAUGUUUUUGGUAUCCCACGACUAUAAUCCCAAGGACAUUGCGUACAACACGGAUGGCGCGCUGAUCGGGGCAACUCUUCCGGUCUUGGUCGAGAAGAUGACGCCUCACGAUGGAUCCGUCGACCCGGCUCUGUGGGAGACGUUCUUCCUGACGUUCCGCCUGUUCACCGAACCGAAACUGCUUCUCGAAGCCAUCGAAGCGCGAUUCGACGUUACGCCACCCGUAAGAAUGCCUUUACAACAGGAAACGGUGCGAAUGUGGAACGAAAUGAAGGUCGCGCCUAUUAGGCGGCAAUUGUUGGGCUUCAUCAAGAGCUGGCUGGCAAACUAUUGGGACCCAGUUGCAGACAACGGCAUCACGCAACCGAUGCGAUUAUUCUUGGAAGAUCGCAUUGCCAAAGCCUUCCCGGUAGAGUACCCGCGUUUAUUGGAUCUGCUCGACAGGCAUGCUCGAACCAACCUGCCCGAGUCCUCGCCGGUCGCUCGUGUCCGACAACUCCGCUCGAGCUCUUCGGCUUCGAUCAUGGGCACUCCUUACCACCGCCCCUCGUUCAGCAUGUCGUCCUCCAAUUCGGCUCUGCCGCCGACGCCCAUCAUGAACAAGCAACUCUUCAGUUCGCUUAAAAGCGGGUCUUCGCAUAUACACGUGACCGACUUUCACGCUUUGGAACUCGCUCGGCAACUCACCUUGUUGGAAUCAAAGCUGUUCUGCGCCAUCGAUCCUCAAGAGUUGAUCCGGCUUGGCAAGCCAAAGGCGGACAGUCUCAAAACGAUGAGCACUCUGUCGACCCGGAUCCAUGGCUGGGUCAUGGAUCGUAUUCUAGAAGAGACCGAUUUGAAACGCCGCACAGCCUUGCUGAAGUACUUCAUCAAGCUGUCCAACCGAUGUCUGGAUCUGCAAAACUUCUCGACGCUGUUUGCUAUCCUCGCAGCUCUCAAUAGCAGUACUAUCAUCCGCUUGAAGAAGACAUGGGAUGGACUGCCUGUCAAGUAUCGUAAUAUCAUGGACGAUCUGCGCACAUUGGUGGAACACACCAAGAACUUUCAUGUCUAUCGGACCCGCCUCCGAAUGGCUGAGGGUCCAGUAUUACCCUUCUUGGGUCAGAUUUUGAGCGAUAUAACCUUCACAGCAGAAGGAAACCCAAGCACCCGGCCAUCACCCAUGGAUCCAAACACCAAGCUCAUCAACUUCGAUCGACAAGUCAAACUCGCCAAGGUUGUGACCGAAUUUACCCGUUAUCAACAACCUUACAACCUUGCCAUUCUCCAAGACGUACAGAAUUGGUUAACUAGCGUGCUUGCCGAGAAGGGUAGCGGGUCCCUCGACGCGCUAUAUCGAAGAAGUCUCAUGCUCGAGCCUCGACAGGGAUCCGAGUCAAUCUCCCAAUCGAUUCUGGAACGGCCAGCCUGGUUGGGCGGCCGCGUCUAAUAAAAUUCUGGAUGUAAGGACAGUAUCUAAGCCUGUAUAAUCUCGCCCGGUGCAAUCGAAUCAACAUGCAUGGUAGCGUAGCAAACCCUAUGUAUCUAUAUGAAAAGGCGGCCCUUCGCCAAUACCGGUAACGAUCACAAUCAUGAAGUUCUCA